AUGUCAACUUCGCUUUAUCAAUGUCUAAUUCCUGCUCUAAAUCUAUCAAAUGCUCACAAAGUCUGUGAAGUUGCAUGUGGAACUGGAAAUGGAGUCCCAAUAUUGCUCAAUCAUCUUCCCUCUGACGCAGAGAUUUGGGCUAGCGAUAUAAGUGACGAAAUGAUAGCAAAAGUAAAUCAGCGUCAAUUGCCUAGAACUCAUACUGCACAAGCUUCAAAUGAUGCAUUACCUUAUGAAGACAAUUUCUUUGACAGAUAUGUCGCAAAUCUCUCCUUGAUGCUGGUCCCUGAUGCAAGUGCAAUGCUAAGAGAGGCUUAUCGUGUAUUAGCUCCUGGAGGAACUGCAAUUUUUUCAGUAUGGGGAAGGGAAGAAAACUCAACAGCUCUUGGCUAUUUUGAGCAAGCUUGUAGAGAAGUUAUUGGAGAGAAUUUCGCUAAAAAAAGAUCUAAUUUUUACUUAAAUAACGCUCAUGAAACCAUGAGAAUGGCAACAGAAGUUGGGUUUCAAAAUCCUCAUUAUUUUUAUGCAGCUUCUCCAAUGGGACCUAUUGGAAUUGAAGAAUCAGUCCAGUGUUAUUUAGAUACUCCACAUUUAGCUGGAAUUAAGAAGCAAAGUGAAGAGAACUAUAAUAGAAUUGUGGAAAGAUUGAGAGAAAUUGUAACUGAGAUGGAUAGGAGAAAUGAAAUCUUAAUGUUUGAAGGCGUUGUGAUUGUGGUUAAUAAAUAA